AUGCUCCGGUUCGGCGUCCGCUUUCAGCGAAUUAUCACAAGUGCACAGCUGAGCUCGCGAACGAGUCAAACGCACGAUUAUUUGGUUGAAAGUGGAACGCUCCAAAAAAUCCAACAUGCUCAUCGUCCCGCGAGCAUCGAGAAAUCCCCUGCAACCUCUGUCCGUCACAAGAUGCGAGGACGGUAUGCAAUAACCAAGACGAAGUGGUGGCUAGAGCGAGGGCCCGUCCUAAUUUCGGAGAUUGCUGCGAUCAACUUGGAGUACAACAAACCCUCUGUCGAUGAGUACGGCCUCUCCAAGGGCGCGCAUAUUUAUAAUACCUUCUACGUUCCUCAACUUCGGUACAAAAAUCCAAAUGUCCAAAUCGAUGUCAGAACGAAUAUGACAGCGGUGCCGUAUAUGCAGAUCUACUUCAAAGAUGGCAGGUCAACAACGAUCAAUUGUGCCGCAUCAGCAGAAGAAAUCGCAACACACAUACAAGGGACGUUUUGUCUCACCAAGGCAGAAGAGGAAAAUCGAGAAUUUGACGAAGAAGGUCGCCUUCAAAAUCCUUGGCUUCAUCCAGCUGCAAAGCCAUGCUGCAUGUCUGAUAUCAACCGAGUGCACAGAAAAUGUCUUUGUCAACAACCAGGUCAUUUCGGUUGCUCGGUGAACAUGCGACACAUGCAGACACGCGAUGAACGAAAAGCUCUCACCCAGAGAAGCGCACACAAUCUACCCGUCGAAGAUAACUUAUUUACCUACAAGUUGAGAGCCAUCCAGUACGAGCGAGCUGAAAGAGCCCACGCUAAUCGUUAUGAGUUCUACAAGAAAAAGGUGAAGACAGUCGAUAUUACGCAGGUCCAGAAGGUUUCAAAAAGCAUAUUGAAGAAACAAAGCGCGUGGAAGAAAUCACAAAAGAUAAUAUCACCGAAAGUUUGA